AUCUAGGUGCUAAUUUAAGUAGAUUAAGGUUUUCAUAAGAUAAAUAGGGUUGAAAUGAAGCUGAAAAACUGAAAAUGGACUUCAUAAUGAAGGGAAUUGCUUGUUUUAGUCUUGUUUCUGCCGUGGACUUGAGUUUCUCAUUAUUUCUGCAUCAUGUGGUGGUGCAUUCUUGCAUGCCAUUUGUGCAUGAAAGAUCAUGAUAAUGACGAGAAAGAUCGAUUGAGUGGCUCAUAAGAUUAUGCGGUGUUGAGUUUUUUUUUAUAUCUGUGAAUCCUAGGCGUGUGCAUUUGGUUUGAAUCAAAUUGAACCGAUUUAAUUAUUUUUUUCUAGAUAAAAUGAAGUUGAGUUACAAGAAUGUAAAUUUUUUUCAAACUAAACCGAACUGGAUUUUUUUACGUUCAAAACUGAAUCGAAUUGAAAAACUAAAUUUUUUAGUAUCAAACCAAAUUGAACUAAAUUUGUCGAUUGGAUAUACGGUUUAUUUUGAUUUUCGAACACCUCUAGCUAUAUCAUUACUUCACUAGUUUCAGUCACAUGAUAUAUGCUUCUUCCCUUUUUUCAAUCAUCACUUGCUUUUGUCAUUUUCUUCUUUUUACUAGAGUUUUUGCUUUUCUUCCCAAAAAACCGGCUCAAAAUCUGUAGUUUCAUUAUCCUUUUUAGUAUAUGCAUUUAUGAGUAUCUAAAAAACUAUUUUUGUAUAAAAAAAAACACAAUGGCUAAAGCACCAAUUAGUCCAAAGAAACCUCAUAAUCAACUCUCUACAUCUUCAUUUUGUUUCUUCUCCCUUAAACUCUCAAUCUUUCUUAUAAUUCCUUUAUGUGUCACUCUCUUCACACUUGCUCAAAUCCAAUCCCUCCAUUAUCCACCAUCAUCAUGGUCUUUCAUGCACAAAUCUGCAGCAGAAACACGACUGAAACAAGCAGUCACGUUUCUUCCUAUCAAAGAUUUACGUUACAAAAAUAAACCACUGGAAGGCCACACAUGGUUCAUGAGUUCCACAUUUGAUACACAGGAUCAUGAAGGCGAAGUUCAAUACCAACGAUUUCCUUCAAAAUCAUCCCAAGGUCGGGUUCUUUGUUUAAAAGGUAAUAACACUCACGACGGUUCGUGGAAUUCAUAUGCUUUAGCUUGGCCUGAAACCCUACCUUUUAACACUACCCUUCUGAAAGGUUUAACUUUUGUAUCAUAUAACCAUUACAAUUAUGAAAAUAUUUGGCAUGGUUUAUCAUCUAUACUACCAUUUGUUGCUUGGCAUGCAAGAAAUCAAUGUGAAUUACCUAAUAGAUGGGUCUUAUAUCAUUGGGGUGAGCUUAGAUUCAAGAUGGGUCCAUGGCUAAAUAAUCUAACCAUGGCUACAUUUGGUGCACCACCAAACUACAUUGAAGGGUCUAAAUGGGACAAAAAUGAACCAAUUUGCUUUGAAAAAGCUAUUGUGAUGAGGCAUAAUGAAGGUGGCAUGUCAAGAAAUAGAAGAAUUGAAACUUAUGAUUUGAUGAGGUGUAAAGCUAGGGUUUACUGUAAUGUGAGCUUGGAGAGUGGAAUUAGGGUUAAUGAGGAUGGUUUGCCUGUGAUUGGUAUGACUUUGUUUAUGAGAAGUGGUGCAAGAUCCUUCAAGAAUGAGUCUUUUGUUAUUGAAAUUUUUGCCAAGCAAUGUGCUAAAGUUGAUGGUUGCAAGUUGAAGGUGGCUUACUCCAAUAAUCUUACUUUUUGUGAACAGGUGAAGUUAAUGAGCAUGACAGAUAUUUUAAUAUCCCCUCAUGGAGCUCAAUUAACCAACAUGUUCUUAAUGGACAAAAACAGUAGUGUGAUGGAAUUUUUCCCCAAAGGAUGGUUAAAACUUGCUGGUGUAGGUCAAUUUGUUUACCAUUGGAUGGCUAGUUGGUGCGGCAUGAAGCAUCAAGGCGCAUGGCGAGACCCCGACGGCGAUCACUGCCCCUACCGCGAUGAUGAUCCCCGGUGUAUGCCGAUCUUUAAAGGGGGUAAGAUCGGAUUCAACGAGACUUAUUUUUCGGAAUGGGGUCGGAAUGUUUUAGAUGAAGUUAGAUUAAGAAAGAUGGGAAUGUUAAAUAAGAGUAAACUUAGUGGUUUAAAUUCAAGUGCAUGUGGUUGUUAGAUUAUAUAUUUACAAUCUCUUUGUUACUCCUUUUUCAUUAGUGUUUUAAUGAACCUUGAAUCGUCUUCAAUGAGCA